GGUAUAAUAGCUGCCCCCCCAUGGGGGAUUCACAGCGAUUUGAGCAUGCUAGCCGUUGGAUUUGCACAGUAACUUGAUCUUGGCCGUCCCUUAUCCCACGCGCGUGCCUUCUGGUUGGCUGGCGAGCCUCCACGGUGUAAUUACCGUUCGUCCAGCGCGGUGGAAAGAAGACAUGGAGCAGCCAUUCCCUACCCGCAUCUGGGUGCGUCCGGGCCCCACGGUCGCAUGGGCCCGCGUGUCUGCCGCUGCGGCUCGCUAGCGGCCUCGUAUGGGGGCGUGACGGUGGCCGGAAAUAUCUCACCUGGGCGGGUAGAUAGCGGGGUAUCUUCGUCUUCUCCAUCGAUGGCCGGUGCGGGCGGUUCCGUGGCGGCGCGCCAUUAGCCCACGGGAGAAGCUCUCACUGUGCGGGGCACUAUACCCACGAGCGCCGUCGCUUCGGAGGACCAUCCUCCUCACUUCCCCCCCCCCACCUCCCGCCUCUUCCGCUUCGAGCGCUCCGUCCUCGCAGCCCCGCCUCCUCCGCAUCGCCGCUCCGCCGCAGAUCCAGUGCCAUCCGCCGCGUCCCGUGCCGUCGCCGGUGGUCGGCCUUGCCUCAUGGCGCCGAUCUGCCAUGGAUUCGGUUAAGGUCGUCCGUCUGCUGGGAUUGCCGCGUCUGCUGCCCGCGGCUGCUUCAUUUGGCCUGCUGUUCGACUCGUCCUGUGGUUAUUUGGUAUUGUGAGUUGUUGCUGCGACUCCUUUCUCAGGUUACUUGCUGCUGUUACCUUGUAUUCCCGUUCUUCACACUGUCAAGUUUCAGAAGAGGUAUCAUGGAUGUUGAGUGGGGAAACAAAGCUAUCGUCAUGAAAUACUUGUUCAAGUAUGUUACAAAAGGUUCAGAUUUCUCGAAGCUAUAUUUGGAGAGAAUUAGAGGCAAAGGUGUUCCUGUAGGUAGUGAUGGUCAGGACAAUCAUACGGUCAUUGACUGGGGUCAUUUGGAUGCUCCAGCUUCCACUGACAUGCCUACCUCUGCGGUUGGCUCCGUAAUGCUGCUCCCGCCAUCGGUUACGAAGCCUCCUGGACCUAGCGAUGGCAAGUGUGAUAUCGAUUCACAGGUCAAGAGGGCUCUGUUCACUGGCUCAUUGCCUGAACAUGGCAUCGGGGCUGUGCAGGAGUUGGCUCCUCGAGUUGAGCCUGAGGAGGUUGGUUUACCUGUGGUCGAGGCUCCUGAAUCUUCACCUAGCCCAUCUGUUGCUCCUUCGACGGACAAAAACUCAAACACGCGUAUGCAGUCGCGUGAUCAGGCGGAUGGCCUCGGCGAAAACAAGAAGUCUUGACUUAGAAAGAGAAGUGCUUCCUCUAGGCGUCGGAGGCCUUUGGUAGCUGUUUGCUUGACGCCCCUACCUUUUGCAGUGGUCAUGUACAUAUGAACAAGUUACCUGUUGCAGCAGUCCUCCUCUGUGCGUUGGAUGGUGGUUCUACCCUUCGAUGAAGUUCGCUAUAUGCGAGUGCUUUUGGUUCUCUGUUGUCAGCUAUUUAGUUAUGCAGUUUGCUUCAUCGGGUGGUGUACUUGGUGUACUUGGGCCAGGAAAGAGACUUGUGUAUAUUCCUGGUCUACCGCUGCUAUGUUCUUAUUAUUAGUAUGUGCUCCGCACUAGACUUUGUGGCUCUGUCAGAAGGAAGACUUUGUAAGUUCCUGAUUUGAUGCCAUUGUGUGCUUCCUAUGAACUUAUCUAGGUCUAUGAAAAAAGGACUUGGCUCGUCUAUGCCAUUGUGUGUUCCCUUUCAGAUUUGCAUUCCUAGCAUUCUGAUAUGUUAUUCAAAACUUAUGCGUGUUUCUCAUCAAUUUAUGAUGUCAGAGGUAUAUUCCACCGAUUCCUCUCACCUCUGAUCUCGGAUGUUGUGGCAUAAAGUGAUAAACUGUAUGCAAAGACAAGAGCUCAGAAUACAUGUUAAGUGAUUGCUCAGGUUCUUUUGCUUCACCUCUACUUGAGCACAUGUUAACUGAAUUCCAUAAUCAUGUCUGGAUCUUGAUUCGAUGUGCUUCAUAUAGUACUUGCAGAAUUCAGGUCAUGCUGGCUUGUUUUCCCUUGUUUUGAACUUUUGAUGUUUCGAUAGGUUCUAGCAUAGUAAAUCCUCUUGUUACACGUAUACACUCAUAACUGAACUUCUGAUGCUUCGAUAGGUCCUACCAGUUUACUUAUGUGUCAUGUUUAGUGCAUGACAAGUGAAUCAAGAUCUCAUUUUGAUAGAGGUUGGUAAGUUAAUUUCUAAUUCGAUAUAGUGAAGUGUAUUUGUUUCUACAUUACUUAUUUUGAGAGCGAGUAUCUGUUUUAAAUUUGCCUUAUUUCGACCAUUUGAUAGUGAGAUGAUACAAUAAUUUCUCAUUUUUGAGUUCUCGUUAUUUGUGAUGCUUUGUGUGAAUUCUCAUGUUUUGAAAAGGAGAUUUGUACAUCCUUAUUAUGCUUCAUGUCCUUUUGUCAAAAUGCAAUAUGAUGGCUGACUGUUCGGUGGUAAGUUUUGGCAUAGAACCACACAUUACAUCAUUGAUCGUUAUUUUGAUCACAUGUACUUGUAUUUAGCACACUUAAGUACAUAAAUGGAUACCUGGUGGUGAUUAUUGAUUAAUAACGAGAGUAGAGCUAAUAAGAAUGCUCCUUUUUACUAAGAAAAUAUAUGCACUUGCCUUUUGUACUUUUUACCCUGUUCUGUUAUUAGGAACAUAUAGCUACAUGGUUGCCUUUGCUGGUACCAUAGUACAUUUUACUAAUUCGUCAUCAAAUUCUUCUCCGUAUAUAAUGGAUACUAAUGUGAUAUGCUUUUGCUUCUGCGGCGUAGAUUAUAUUAGGUUGACCUUGCCGCUGUUAGCGCUGGACGAAAGCUGCUGCUGGCCGAGACAAUGGUUCUUCACUGCUAAUAUUGGUCUGUUGAUUUGGCCACGGUAUGUUAAACUGACGGUUACUAAUUAACCUAACCAAAAGGGAACAUCUAGGGAUGCGACUGACUACACUAGGAUCCCACAUGAUUUAUUUUUUAUCUAUAGAUUUCAGUAAUUAUGGAUAGAAAGAGGGCUCAUUCAUCCAUGUUGUGCUUCAAGUUUAACAAUAUUUUCUAUUUUGAGUUAGUAUCUUCGUAGUAUUCAGCUCUGUAUAGACUCCAUAUGUAGGUUGUCUGUUUCUGUAGGUAAAGAAAAUAGAGAUAUGUAUAUCCCCCCCCCCCCCCACCCAAAGCUUAUUGGUAAUGUUUGUUUUCCAUUUGCGAACUAGAUUAAUCUCACAGUUAUUUGGUUCAUCAUGCAAUUGAGACUCUGUUUCUACAUAGAAUUCGCAUCGCAUCUUUUAGUUUAAUCAUCUGUAUGCUGCAUGCUUUCAAUUUGUAUAAAUGUUCAGUAUAGUGUUUCACAAAUCCGUUUACCAAUACAUAAAACGGAGAAAGGGCGUCAAGGAGUGCCCCUAAUUUUUUGGUCAUUCUAUUGGUCCUAAGACAAACAACUGUCUUCAUCUGAUGUACAGAUGUGCUUGAAAAGAUUUUAGCAAUCUCCUGUAAUUCCUUUCUAUGUCUAUAUGUUCAUUCUAUUUAUAGUCUGGCUAUUGCAAUGACCCUAACGGCGAGGUGCUAAAAUUUGAUCUUUCGGGUGAUAGUGAUUUAAUGGAAACACGUUCAGGUUCCUUGGGAAAAAACGCUUGUUAUUCUUGGUUGCACUACUUUCCGAGAUUAUUCCGGUAUCCGCUCUUUAUUUUGUCACAGAUGCCGACAUGCUAUCAUUUCUAUCUUUCUUGUCAACAUAUCUGUGCAGUGAAAAGGGGUCUAAGCCGUCACGACAGCUUGUAGAUGGUAGAUGGUACAUCAACGUAGACAUCCCUGAAAUAAUUGUCCUCCCUGCUUGGUACAACAUUUUAUCCUGACUUGUCUGUAAUGUAAUAUUGAAUGAUACUGGCAGAUCUUUUUUUAAUCUUCUUUCACUGCAGUUGACCAAUUAAUCCAACGAAAAAUAUUUGGUGGCUACCAAUAUUGCUCUGUGUCACCAAGUAGGCGACUAUCUGAGAAAUCUCUUGCUGAAUUGAUCAACUUCAGUCUUGCAUGUGAUUGUUUACAGAAGAUGAUGGCCUCCUAUUCUUAAACUUACAAUUGUUAUGCACUCAUGUAGUGUAGGUUUGUUUAUAGCCUCUUCAUUUUGUUGCUUUUGACCGUUAUCACCAUUUAUGAUAGGUUAAUUAGAUUGAUAUCGUUGAAAUUUCGUAUGGUUCCAGUAAUUAUGUGUUCUCUUAAUUUUAUGAGCUUAUUAUAUACUUUUGACAAAGCAUCCCUUGCUUGAUUUUGUUGCUCACGAGCAAGCCA